AUAGCUCCACCUGUCAAUCUUCGCUCGCUCUCGAAGGCAGCUUCUCCGUUACAGUACGAAGUUCCAGGAUAUCUCGUGCUGACCACUAUUGAGAGCUGUCAAUCAUUCAUUCGCUCCUAACCGUCUGGCAGUGUGACGUCGCCGUACUGACCGCUCUACCUGUCAAUCAUUCCUCCAGGGCGAGCGUAAGAAAAAAUCUCAGGGCUGAUGUGCGCGUGAAACGACUGCUGUCCACAAUGCUGUGUAUCGAGACGUAGCAUCAGGUGAGGAUAACAACACUCUACGUGCUUGAACGUUUUAGUAACACGGAGGGAAAUAAACAAGAAGCAUGGAUAAACGCGACAAGAACGCAAAAAAAGAUUCGGGGAAGUCUACUAAACGCACAGGGAAACUGUUCCGGAGGAAAUCGUUUAAAUCUGUGGAAAGUUUGGUGAGUAGGAUCUUGAAAAGUUUGGGAAGCUUGGCUAGCGGUGGGGAAACAACCGAACGGUCAGAUGCAGAGGAUGAUGAUGGUGGGUUUGGAGAAAGCGCACCUUGCGCUGGAAACUCGGGACAUGUGAAAAUAGAGGACAGUGGCAGCCAAGUGAGGAAAAGUUCCUCUCUUCCAUGCCGUUCCUCCGCGAAAGAACGACUGUUUUCGCUGUACGGGGACAAAACGCCAGGCGCGUUGGGUCUGAAGAACCACGGGAACACCUGCUUCAUGAACGCCGUCGUGCAGUGCUUGAGCAACACGGACAUGCUCUCAGAAUAUCUGGGUUUGGAGCGAUAUAAACUGGAUCUGUGUCACAGGGGAAUGAACGGAUUUAUCAUGGAUGAGAACGGUCAGCACGAGAGAGGAGAAGUUACGGAACGGCUCGCGUCUUUGGUCCGAGCGCUUUGGACUUUUCAAUACACACCUCAACUCUCGGCUGAGUUUAAGAUGACCGUAUCUAAAUAUGGUGCUCAAUUUCGGGGGAAUUCACAGCAUGACGCUUUGGAAUUCCUGCUCUGGCUUCUGGACCGCCUCCAUGAGGACGUCAACUCAUCUUCAACCGUGCCCAAUGGAAAUAACAGAAGCAAAUCAACUGGCAAGGGUCCAGAAGGAGGGGAUGUAAAGCCCACCUCUGAUACCCUGACCCCACCACAGGCACAGCCUGAUGUACGUCACAGCUUUGUACAGGAGCACUUCCAGGCACAAUACAAGUCAUCUCUGACAUGCCCACAUUGUCUAAAGCAGAGCAACACGUUUGAUCCUUUUCUUUGCAUUUCUCUUCCCAUUCCUCUAAGACAGACGAGACCAGUGUGUGUGACUUUGGUGUUUAGCAGUAAAGGGCAGCGGUAUCUGAGAGUGGGGCUCGCUGUGCCUCUCUUCGGCUCUUUGGCAUGCCUGCGCAGGAUGGUGGCGGAUGAGGGCAAGAUCUCUCCUGAUCAGGUAAUAUUGACAGAGAUCUACACAACAGGAUUCAAGCGCUCAUUCUUUGAUGACGAUGACUUGACCAGCAUCGCAGAGAGUGACGUCAUCUAUGCCUUCCAAGCCCCGCCCCUUUACAUCAGGGGUGGAUCUGCACGAAUCUCAGGGUUCCACCACAGUCUUCCGUCCUCUCUGUACACCUCGUCUGGGCCGGCGGGUCACAGACUGGCUGCGUCCGGAGCGCUGUCCUCUGAGUUCCUGAACCAGGCCGAUGGGAUGGUGAAGAUCUUGCUGUUGGUGUGUAAUGCAGCCGGAGCAGGACAGCAGGCAGUGAGAUUUGGCCCUCCGUUUCUGAUGAGAGAGGACAGAUCAGUGUCGUGGGACCAGCUACAGCAGAGCAUCCUCAGUAAACUCUACUAUCUAAUGAUCAACGGAUCACAGGCACAUAAUUUCAGGGUGUUGUUCAAGAUUCGUGUUGUUGGAGGAUCAGCAUCUUAUAGCUACUUAAAUCCUCAAGACGGGCGGCCGCUUUAUCACCCUGCAGUGGACAGAGCUCUAAAGCUGUGCGGCUCAGGUGGACCUCCACAUGUGAAGCUCAUUGUUGAGUGGGAGCACAGAAUCAAAGACUGUCUGUUUGGUAAUAUCCAGGAGGAGGUGGUGAAGGACUCGGAAAGCGUCCGUGCUCAACAACAACACCACGUUCAGCAGCACAGCUGCACCCUGGAUGAGUGCUUUGAGCUGUACACCAAAGAAGAACAACUGGCCCCUGACGAUGCAUGGAAGUGCCCUCACUGUAAGCAGCUGCAGCAGGGCACAGUGCAGAUGAGCUUGUGGACCCUCCCAGACCUCCUCAUUCUUCACCUCAAACGCUUCCGACAGGUGGGAGAGCGGCGUAACAAGCUCUCUACGCUGGUCCACUUCCCCCUCAUGGGCCUUGCUAUGGGCCGCCAUGUGGUCAAGAGGAGCAACUGUGUCCGUCCACCGCAUGGCUGGAAACAACAGGCCCAUCACAGGCCUGAAGCCAGCCGACACUCACUCGACUUCCUAUACGACCUGUACGCUGUGUGUAACCAUCAUGGAGGCAUGCAUGGAGGCCACUACACAGCAUACUGCAGGAACUCAGUGGACGGUCAGUGGUACGCCUACGAUGACAGCACUGUUGAGCCGGUGCCUGAGGGAGAAGUGUGCACUCGUGGUGCUUAUAUCCUGUUCUAUCAGAGACGUGAUGCCAUUCCAUCCUGGUCAGCAAACUGCUCACUACAAGGUUCCUCCAGCGUCUCUAUAUCAGAUCACUGGCUCAUCCGAUUGAAUGCAGACAACCGGAUUUCCAAUUCAACUAGCAAGCUGUCCAAUUCAUCUUCAGCUCCUGAGCCCCAAACACCGCACGUUCCUGUCAUCCAUGAGCCUCUAAAUGAAGAUAAUGGUGUAGUUGAGCCGACGCCAUUUGUACGGAGCGUCCGGGGUCACAGCAUGAGUAUGCGCUACCACUCAAAAUCCAAGACAGGCCCAAGCAAAGUUCUUCCACUGCGCUGGUCAUUUGCUUCUAAGGAACGCAGAAAGCCCUCCAGCGUAGCUCCACAAUUGGCAAACGACGAGCUGGUGGAGUACCUUGAGUCUGGCCGGCGGCCUCGAUGUACCAAGGAGCCCAUAGUCAGCAUCGUGGCUAGUCCUUCACAGGUCAAAGCCCAGCUUCGUGAGGACGAUUCCCUGAGUUCCCCCAGCUGUAGCAGUAGUCUCAACGGUGUGGAGCGAAGUAGCUAUCGAGAUCCGGAUUCGCCCAGGCUACCCGAAGGCCAGAGCAGACCAGCAUCAGACCUUAAUGGUAUCAGUUGCGAUGGUUCAUGGGCCAAAAGCAGCUCAACAGCAACCAGGCAGGAGCACGAAAGGACUCAAGGAAGCAAGUCGCUUCAAGGUUCCCCUACUGCACUCCCCAAUGGCACUAGCAACAGUGCAUCUCAUUCCAGAGACUCUACGUUGAAACGGCUCCGGAACCAGGCGGCUGCAGCUAGCAGGAUUCCUACCAGCCAAAUGCUGACGGCCACUGAGGAAAGCAGGAGUAAAGAUGUUGUCCUUCCCGCCAUCAGCAAGGAGGUGGGUCACGGAAAAACGCUUUCCAGUAAGAGCUUGAUCAAACUCUCUCUAUCCAACGGCACUCUGAAUGGGAAGGGAGUCGAGUCGAGGAAAUCCGGUACUUCUCACAAGAGUGCCAAAAAAAUGGUUAGUAGCAGAGAAAACCAGGUUUGUUCAAGCACAGCUAAUAUAAAACGCGCCCACAGCUCAUCCAGUAUUCAGAGCAGGCUUGAUAUGACUUUGAAAAGGACGUCGUCUCUCCAAAGAAAUAGUACGUUGGUGCCGACCCCCCAUAAAGGACUUACGGUUGAUAAAUCCUCCUAUGCAACACUACAGCGAAUCAGAUACAGCAGCACUUCACUUGGACGACAGAGACCUGUGCCCGAGUCCUGCUUCUGACUGGUUUCUCCUUGACAGUGGGAAAUGGUGUUUGUAUAUAUGUUUUAUGCAUCUGGCAACGCUUAAAAACUACACACUAUUGCUGUACUAUUGCUCUUUUCCUAAACCUAGUAAGGAUUGUGUGCACCUUGUUUUUGCCAAAUUCUAGGCAGCAGGUACCCAAUGUUGAAAACAGUUGUGCUACUUAGUUACAGCUUGAUUGGAAAGGAGGCAGUAUGUUCCUCUCACGUCACCUGUAUUGAAAUCAAUUGCAAGUUGAGUCUCCCAUUUGUAUGACAGUUUCAGCCAAUGUAGACAGAGCAUCCAAAUUGUUUCUAAUACAAUAAAUGCUGCCUUAG